AUGAAAUCAAAUAAAUAUACAUUUGCAUACAAUGUUUCAACAUUAUUUUCAAUAAUAAUUUGUCCAAUAAAUGGAUUUUUACUUGGAUUUAAAGCUGAUAAAAGUAAAAAACAAAAAUUAUUAAAUAUUUCACUUGUUCAAACAAUUUCAUGGUUAUUAAAUGUUACUCUAUGUAUCAUUCCAAUGUUUUUAUCACCAAAUAUAAUUAUUCCUUUAUUAAUAAUAAAUUGUUUAUCACGAGCAACAAUCGUUGCUGGAUGUCAAGCUGUUAUAUCAACAUUUUUUCCAUCUGCAUAUAUUGGUCGAUUAACUGGAAUAAUGUGGACAAUUGUUGGAGCCAUUACUUUUAUUCAAUUUGCACUUGUUAAAUUAACUAAUCCAAUUACAAUAGCGUGGAGAGCAUGGCUAAUUGUAUUAGCAUUAGUUGUAUUAAUGUCAUCUCAUUUAAUUCAAAUAUGGAUUAAAUAUUUUAAAGAAAGACAAAAAGAAUUAAAUAAUUUUUUUGUAACAAAUACAAGAUUUUGA